AUGAGUAUUUACAUGCGAGAAGAUUUAACACGUAAUGAAAAGAUUCAGCAAGCAAGAAGAAUUUUAAAUGAAAAUAAACAUUCACUUGAUGCAUGGGCAAUACUCAUUCAAGAUGCUCAAGAUAAGAAAAUAGCUGAAUCUCGUGAUUUUUAUGAAUCUUUAAUUACACAAUUUCCAACAUGUGGGAAAUUUUGGAAAAGUUAUAUUGAAUCGGAGAUUAAAGGACGAAACUAUGAAAAAGUGGAAAAACUUUUUCAACGAUGUUUAAUCAAAGUAUUGAAUAUUGAUUUAUGGAAAUGUUAUUUAAAUUAUGUUCGUGAUACUAAAGGCAAAUUACCGUCGUUCAGGGAAAAAAUGGCUCAAGCAUAUGAUUUUGCAUUGGAAAAAGUCGGAAUGGAUGUUUAUUCAUACACUAUUUGGAAUGAUUAUGUUAUUUUUCUUAAAUCAGUGGAAGCAGUUGGUUCAUUUGCUGAAAAUCAAAAAAUAACAGCUGUACGAAAAGUUUAUCAAAAAGGUAUUAUGACACCAAUGACUAGUGUUGAAUUAUUAUGGAAAGAUUAUUGCACAUAUGAAAUGAGUAUCAAUCCAACAUUAGCUAAGAAAAUAAUUGAUGAACGUUCUCGUGAUUUUCUAAAUGCUAAACGUGUUACAAAAGAAUUUGAAACAUUAGUACGUACUAUUGAUCGUAAUAUUCCAUGUGUCUUACCAACAUCACCACAAUCAGUUGAUGAAAUCAAACAAUUAGCUGCUUGGAAAAAAUUAAUUGCAUGGGAACGAUCAAAUCCAUUGAAAUCAGAAGAUCCAUUAUUGGUUACACGUCGAGUUGUUCUAGCUUAUGAACAAUGCUUACUUUGUCUUGGCUAUCAAGCGGAUCUUUGGUAUGAAGCAUGUGCAUAUUUAGAACAAGUUUCACGUCUAUAUUCUGAUCGUGGUGAUGCUCAUUUAACAAAACGUUUUCUCGAUGAAGCAGCAACAUUAUAUGAACGUGCAUUACAAACAUAUAUGCGUUCAAAUAUGCUUAUACAUUUUGCAUAUGCUGAUUUUGAAGAACAACGUUUAAAUGUUGAUAAAGCCCGUGCUAUAUAUAAUCGUUUAUUAGAUGUUAAUGAAGCAAAUUUAAAAGAUCCAACAUUAGCUUAUAUACAAGCCAUGCGUUUUGAACGUCGUACUGAUGGAAUCAAAGCAGCACGUACAUUAUUUAAACGUGCACGAGAAGAUACACGUACAAAUCAUCAAAUUUAUGUUGCAGCAGCUUUAAUGGAAUAUUAUUGUUCAAAAGAUAAUAAUAUUGCAUUUAAUAUAUUUAAUCUUGGUUUAAAAAAAUAUAGUCAAAAUGUUGAUUAUAUAUUAGCUUAUAUUGAUUAUAUGACACAUUUAAAUGAAGAUCAUAAUGCACGUGUUCUAUUUGAACGUGUUUUAUCACCAGAUAAUCCAAUAUCAAAACCAUUACAACCAGCUAUAUGGCAUGAAUUUCUUAAAUUUGAAUCACAAGUUGGAGAUUUACAAUCAAUAAAAAAAGUUGAAAAACGUCGUUUAGCACUUUAUUCGGAUUUACAUGAAUUAGAAGGACGAGAAACAUUAUUACUUGUUGAUCGAUAUAAAUUUCUUAAUUUAUUACCAUGUUCAAAUGAAGAACUUAAAUUACUUGGUUAUAAAGAAUCAUCACAAACGAAUUUAUCAUCAACAACAUCAUCAUUAAUAAGUAAUGGUUCAACUAUAAAUGGUACGGCAUUAUUAGAACAAGCUGCACGUGAUCGACGUGCAGUUUUACCUCGACCUGAUAUUAAACAUAUGAUGCCAUUUCGACCAACACGAAAUCCAUUACCGGGUAGUCAUCCAACUGCUGGUGGAGUUUUUCCAUUACCAGAUACAGCACUUUAUUUAGUUAAAGUUCUUCCACCAGCACGAAAUUUUGAAGGUCCAUUUGUUAUUAUUGAUGAAUUAAUGGAACGUGUUUCUCGUAUUGUUAUACCCGAUAGCUUCGAACCAAUACGUAUUGGUAUUCAAGGUGAAUUACUUCGUGAACUUGAUGGAUCAAAUUCUAUGAAUAACUCUCAAGGUCGCAAAGCUGGUCUUGGUGAUAGUGAUGAUGAAGAACAACAACCACAAUCAACGUCAGGUGAACGUUCAACAAUGGAUAUCUAUCGACAACGACAACAAAAACGUGUCAAACUUACAACAACAACAAGUUCUACUGAUCAAGCUACACCACCGGUGCUUACCUAG